AUGGUCCAGUUUGCCAAGGAGACCAAGGUGGUUCGUCGCAACCGGGCCCGCCGGCGCUCGCACUCGACUAAGGCUAUCGAGAAGGACGCCACUCAAACGCGGAGGAAGGACGGAGGAACAGCGCAAGAGGAGCAAGACUGGGAGGACAUAUUCGAAGGAGAAGGAGAUGAAGAAGCGCAAGUCCAAGAAACACGGCGAGGCUUCGACUUCCUGGACUUCCCGCGAGAGCUAAGAGACGAGAUCUAUAUCCACGCUCUCGCCCCGCAACCGACUCGCGUCCCACUUCAUCAGAACACAUCGCUCUCUAAGCUCGUCAUCUACCCGGGGGCGCUCCCUCCCUUCGCGUUUGCCAGCAAGCAAAUCCACGGAGAAGUAAUCCUUGCCUUCUUCUCGCGCACUCGUUUCGUCUUCGAUACAAGCUGCGUAAUCACGCAUCAGCGCUUCCUCGACUUUCUGUCCCAGUUCCCCAGUGGCACCGACGCAGUCCGUAUGCUGGCUUACCUUAACCUGCACCGCUACGGGGACGCGGAACUAGACCACCGGCGCGACACAGACAUCUUCUCCGCAAACGGGCUCGUCUCCCGGCUUCCGGGGAUCACGAGCCUAGUCCUGCACAUAUCCUCAAGCGACGUGAUGGAUUUCUACCGAACCGAGCAUAGUAGCGUGGUCGGAAAGCGAUUGAAGACAAAGGACGAGAUGAAGCGCCAGUUUCACUUCGAAGGCUUAUUUGACAUGUCGAAGUUGCGGCGGCUAAGGGUAUCAGAUAUCAAGGCAAUAAGCAUUGGACAUGCGGAUGUAAAGCGGACUUCGAGGAAGAUAGCGGAGACAUGA